CGGAGGCGGCGGCGGCCAUGGCCGAGGCGUCGCCGCAGCCCGGACGGUACUUCUGCCACUGCUGCUCGGUCGAGAUCGUGCCGCGCCUGCCGGAUUACAUCUGCCCCAGGUGUGAGUCUGGUUUUAUCGAGGAGCUUCCAGAAGAGACCAGGAAUACAGAAAACGGUUCCGCUCCCUCCACGGCCCCCGCUGACCAGAGCCGGCAGCCCUUUGAGAACGUGGACCAGCACCUGUUCACACUGCCCCAGGGCUACGGACAGUUUGCUUUCGGCAUCUUUGACGACAGCUUUGAGAUCCCCACGUUCCCUCCUGGGGCACAGGCCGAUGACAGCAGGGACCCUGAGAGCCGGAGGGAGAGAGAACACCAGUCCCGGCACCGGUAUGGCGCCCGGCAGCCCCGAGCCCGCCUCACCGCCAGGCGGGCCACCGGCCGGCACGAAGGCGUCCCCACGCUGGAAGGGAUCAUCCAGCAGUUGGUCAACGGCAUCAUCACUCCGGCCACCAUCCCCAACUUGGGCCUGGGCCCCUGGGGCGUCCUGCACUCCAACCCAAUGGACUACGCCUGGGGGGCCAACGGCCUGGAUGCCAUCAUCACGCAGCUCCUCAACCAGUUUGAAAACACGGGCCCCCCUCCCGCAGACAAGGAGAAGAUCCAGGCCCUGCCCACCGUCCCCGUCACCGAGGAGCACGUAGGCUCUGGGCUUGAGUGCCCCGUGUGCAAGGACGACUACGCGCUGGGCGAGAGUGUGCGGCAGCUGCCCUGCAACCACCUGUUCCACAACGGCUGCAUCGUGCCCUGGCUGGAGCAGCACGACAGCUGCCCUGUCUGCCGCAAGAGCCUCACCGGACAGAACACGGCCACCAACCCCCCGGGCCUGACUGGGGUGAGCUUCUCGUCCUCCUCCUCGUCCUCCUCCUCCUCCUCGCCCAGCAACGAGAACGCCACGAGCAACUCCUGAGCCGGCGCCAGCUCCAGCUCCCAGGCCGCUGCGCAGCUCCGGCAGGCCCCAGGCUGCGCGCCAGGCUCGGGGACCCGGCUCUCCAGGGGACCAGAGCUCAGCCAGCCCCAGCCACGCAGCCCUGGAGGGACAUCCGUGCCCAGCUGCUCCCUGCACGGAGGGGUGUGGGCCACAUGUCCCCUGCAGGGCACCAGCCUUCUGUCCCAUCUCUAACCUCACCCUCCAAACGUUCAACGGUGGAAAGGUUUUUAUGAUUUUAAAUUAUUACUGCUUUGAAAUAAAUGGACGUUUUAGCUCUCGCGCGGCCACGCAUGAUCUGUGCAGCUGCUCCGCCAGAGCCGCGUGUGCCACCUGGACGGGCCACGGGGCCUCGGACCGCACAGCGAGCGCCGGCCUCGGGACCACAAGGGUGACCAGCAGAACCAGGAACAAAACUGCUCUAACAGACGUUUUUUAAAGGGAAAAAAUAUGUGUAUCUUGAAAGCUAUUUAAAAUACACUUACUUGAAAGAGGA